ACGUUUACCAGUCAAACACGACACAGACUUGUUUAAAAGUGUAAAUGUGGGAGCCUUACACAGAUCUGUGACAAUUAUCAUAAUACAGUAGUAUAUAAAUUUGCUUUUUGUUCUAUAAAAAAAUUAACAAUCUUCUGGGAUAUGUAAAACAUUACCAGGCCUAUUUAAAAAAAGAAUUACUACCAGUAUCUUCUUGAAUGACCUAUAACAUUGUCAUAAACUCCAAGAAAAGUAGGGUCAAAUACCUUCUAAGAGAGAUCUGUAUUUAGCUUUACUAUUCGAAGAAUAGGUAGAGGUUAAGUUUUUAUAUGUAAUAUGGUAUCUCAGUACUCACUUAAGGGAAUGGAUUGAAACUUCACACACGUGUCCAUUGUACAGGAACCAUAACUAGAUAUUUAGCAAUUUCAUUCAAAAAUCAUUCUCUGUACCUACAAAUUUUUAUUAUUCUGUCAAAAACCCUUCAAAAAUACCAUUAAUUAAAAAAAUACAGGUGUAUUCCGGUUAUGGAAAGUGUAGUCCAGUUUUUAGAUGGAUUCCAGUUUAAUGUGUGACCGCUUGACAUGUAUAAAUGAAUUAUGAAGUGUCAAUUAUGUUGAAAUAGUCAAUUUGCUGAACAAGUUUAUAAACUUUGGUAGCUUAUUUCUUUGUUUUCAUCAUUUCGCCAUAAUAAAAUUCCUCUGAAUCCUCAUACUGCUGUUUUUAUAUGCCCAAAGGGAUGUAUUGUGUUAUACCUCCGGUGUCAGUCCGUCCGUUAGCAAUUUCAUGUCCGCUCUGUAACUCUUGAACACCUUGAGGGAUUUCAAAGAAACUUGACACAAAUGUUCACCACAAGAUUAUGUGCAUAGCGCAUGUUCUGGAUGUCUUGCUUCAAGGUCAAGGUCAUACUUAGGGGUCAAAAGUUAUCGCUCUGUAACUCUUGAACCCCUUAAAGGAUUUCAAAGAAACUUGACACAAAAGUUCACCACAUCGAGACGAUGUGCAGAGCGCAUGUUAUGGAUGGCUAGCUUAAAGGAUACUGAAGGUGAAAGUCAAGGCAAGAAGUUGUUAAGAUCAUGGUUAAAUAAAAGCAUGAAAAUACAGAUGACUGAUGGUAGAACGUUGAUAGGUAUCUUCUUGUGUACAGACAGUGAACGGAAUGUGAUACUGGGGUCAUGUGAAGAAUAUUUAAAGCCUCCAGAUCAUGUGGAGAAGAAGGAAGAACCAAGGAUUUUAGGUCUAGCCAUGAUUCCAGGACACCAUAUUGUUAGUAUACAUGUGGAUGAGGACAGAGGAACUCCACAGCAAAGUAUCAUGUGACAGGUCAUGUGACAUGAUGCAAAUGAAUAGUCGGGGAUUCUAAAUAUAGAAGAUAGACAUGACAUGCAAUCAAAGUUCUAAUAUAGGGGCAGGUCCUCAUAGAAGUCAAUCAAGAGUCAUAGUUCUUGAAACUGAAGAUUGAUGCAUGUUGAAAUAGGGAGUUAAUCAUGAGAAGAGGAACAUCAAUAACUUUGUCUACCAAUAGAAAGUUUAAAUGUCAGUGUGGCAUGAAAUUAUUUGAAGACAAGGGUAGAGUUAUUGCACUCACUCCUUUGUUGACUUUUGCAUCCAGAUUUGUUAAGUUGGUAUUUCUUGAGACUCAGUAAUCACUAGUGGAAAAUUUGGGAAUAAAUAAACACAUUAGUUCACUAUCUUGAUCUGAUAUGCAAUGCGCAUGGUUCCAUAACUUUCUUUUUCUUUUUCACAAUGCCGAAUGUUAUGCCCCUUUUCCAGCUUGGCCAAUUUUGGUUAAGUUUUUUGCCCCAAUUUGAACUUGUUUAUUCAGCUGCAUUGAUUGAUUGAUUGAUUUUUUAUGACGAGGCUUACAAAUAGUUGAGCACUGCUGUCCUAGGACAGCUCGUGUUUCGUCAUGAAAAAUUGUGGAAAUAUUUUUCAGCAUGUGAAUUUGUGCUCUUGAGUUUUGUUUUGAUUUCAUUCUGCAAGACCAGAGUUAUAACCCUUGACUUACUCAAAAUAUGCAUUAAGCGCAUAACAGUUUGUGUCCCAUGUACAAUUUAUAGAGUCAUAAAACAUUAGAGGAUUGUUAUUUAAUUUGCUGGGUAUGACAUUUCAUGGUUUUUGUCUAAAUGGAUAUUUCUCGGAGGAUAUCAGUUCAUGGAGAAUUCAAGUUUUGAACAUAAAAUGAAAUGGAAAGUAUACUUGUUCAUUGGCAUUAAAUUUCUUGAAUAGGUUCAACCACGAAAUCCAUGAAAAUUAGUCCUUCCAUGAAUAUUAAUGAUUUCCAAGUAUAUUCUGAAAUAGGCUUUGGUGGAAUGACAAUUUUAAAAAUAAUCAAAGUUAUUUAAAACUUAUAUUAUUAUGCUAAACGAUGGCUUUGAAUAGACUGCAACACUAACUUGAGGUAGAGCACAUUGUCACAAGUCAUCAACUAAGGUCAUGUAUGCAGAAACAGGUUGAGGUAUACAUUCUCUGCAACUGGAGACAUCACAUUUAAUAAGUCUAUGAUGCAUUCCUGAUUCAUGUUGAGAAGCGAUUUACUUGAGAACAGUAAAUACCUGUACGGAAUUCAGGAAUGCUGGUUUCUCAAAUACUGUUUUAAUGAUUCUAGACCCAGAUUUCAUACACGUAUUUGAAAAUAUGGACAAUAACCACUACAAGAAAUUAACAAGUUUAUGUGUGUUAACAGUACUAUGCGUUAGGUUUAAAACACAGUAUAAAUGUAUACUUCAACUGAAAAAGUUCAUGUGCAGUGUUGAAAGUAAUGCUAAUCUACUAAGUUAUCAAUGUAAUUAUGCAUAUUCUCUUUUUGGACUGUUAUUUUUUUCGGUUUAUAAAAAGCAUUAUGGAACUUAAUUAUGAAUGUAUCUCAACAUGUACAAUUGAUAAGUAAAAUACAUUUGAAGAGGGUUUUCAACAUUUGAAGUAGUUCUAAAUAUAUGAAGAAAAUAUUUUAGUGAGAGAUGGGCAUUAAAUACUUUUGAAUCCAUAAAAAAAAGUUUUGAAUCAGUUUUUAACUUGACUAUUCGAAGAAUAGCCUAGCUAUUCUACUCUCCCUGGCAUCGGCGUCACACCUUGGUUAAAAUUUUGCAUGCAAGUACAUAUGGCUAUCAUUUAAAGGCAUAUAGCUUUGAAACUUAUUUUCUCUUUUUCUAGGUCAGUUACCAACCUCACUAGGUCAAGUCCAAUAACUCUGACUUGUAUUUUGGCCAAAUUAUGCCCCUUAUGUCUCCAAAACUAAUGCAGAUAUUGAAUUGAAACUUCACAUGUGUCUUUGGGGUUAUAAAAGUAGUUAAUAGCAUUCCAUAACCCUGACAUGCAUUUUAGCAAAAUUAUGUCCCCUUUUGAACUUAUGUGUAAAGUUUUGCACACAAGUUACUAUCUCCAAAACUUAUGCAGAUACGGGAUUGAAACUCCAUAGAUAUUUUAACAUUGGGGUAAUAUUCCUGCUUCUGGGACAACAAUUUGAAUAAUCGAGCAUUGCCUGUCUUACGGACAGCUCUUGUCAAAUUUAUGUAGUAGAUGAGUAACGAUAACAGGAAAAGAAUGAAUACUUGUAAACAGAGAAUAUGUCUGUCUAAAUAGUUUUCAAAAUAUUUCCCACAAUUAUGAUUUUUUCUGUGAUAAAUUGUUAUCUUACUGCUUUGUUAGUGUGUUCAGUUUUUGUUGAAAACCUGAGUUAUUAGAUUGGGGUAGAUGUCGGUCGGGCGGGCGGGUGGGCGGCGGCGUCAAACUGGUGUUUCCGGUCAAUAACUUUUGUUUCGGUAAAGAUAUUUGAAUAAAACUUGGUAUGUAUGUAGCUUAUAUCAAGACAAAGGCUAGGAUUGAUUUUGGGGUUUCUGGGGUCAAGGUCAAGGUCACUAUUACUUAAAAUAGAAAAAGGGUUUCCGGUCAGUAACUUUUGUUUCGGUAAAGAUACUUGAAUAAAACUUGGUAUGUAUGUAGCUUAUAUCAAGACAAAGGCUGGGAUUGAUUUUGAGGUUUCUUGGGUCAAGGUCAAGGUCACUGUACUUAUAAUAGAAAAAGGGUUUCCGGUCAAUAACUUAACGUAGGAAUGAGCUAUCUUGAUGAAACUUGGUGUUUAGAAAACUUAUAUAAAGUUGUAGCUUGGGAUUGAUUUUGGGGUUUCUGGGAUCAAGGUCAAGGUCAUUGUUACUAAAAAUAGGGUUAGGGUUAGGUUAGGGUUAGGGUUAGCAUAUCUUCUACAUGCAUGGAGGGAUUUUGAUGAAAGUUGGCACAAUUGUUCACCAUCAUGAGACGGAGUGUCAUGCACAAGAACCAGGUCCCUAGGUCUAAGGUCAAGGUCACACUUAGAGGUCAAAGGAUACAAGAAUGAAAACUUUGUCCGGAGCAUAUCUUCUUCAUGCAUAGAGGGAUUUUGAUGUAACUUGGCACAAUUAUACACCAUCAUGAGACGAAGUGUCUUGCGCAGUUCCCUACUUUAGAAUUACUUCCCUUUGUUGUUACUAUAAAUAGCUUAUAAUAAUUAAAAAGUUACAAUAUAAGUUAAACUUAUAUUGUAACUUUUUCAUUACUAGACGUAGGGAAAAAUGGAGACCACUUUUCUGUAGUACAACAUGCAUGUUACAUCCAAUUUUGAGGUGUAUUUUGACCAAUCUCUACCUGGUAAGGAUUUCUGUGUGGACUUACAAUUUUUUUUUUUGUAUUUUUUUUUUUAGCUCACCUGUCACAUAGUGACAAGGUGAGCUUUUGUGAUCACCCUUCGUCCGUCGUCCGUCGUGUGUUCGUGCGUCCGUGCGUGCGUCCGUCCGUCCGUCCGUCAACAAUUUCUUGUCUGCACGAUAGUGGUUUCAUUUAUGAUUUUAUUUUAACCAAACUUGCACACAACUUGUAUCACCAUAAGAUCACGGUUCCUUUCUUGAACUGGCCAGAUCCCAUUAUGGGUUCCAGAGUUAUGGCCCCUGAAAGGGCCAAAAUUAGCUAUUUUGACCUUGUCUGCACAAUAGCAGCUUUAUUUAUGAUUUGAUUUUUACCAAGCUGGCACACAACUUGUAUCACCAUAAGAUCUUAGUUCCUUUCUUGAAUUGGCCGGACUCCAUUAUGGGUUCCAGAGUUAUGGCCCCUGAAAGGGCCAAAAUUAGCUAUUUUGACCUUGUCUGCACAAUAGCAGCUUCAUUUAUGAUUUUGUUUUAACCAAACUUGCACACAACUUGUAUCACCAUAAGAUCUCGGUUCCUUUCUUGAACUGGUGAGAUUCCAUUAUGGGUUCCAGAGUGAUGGCCCCUGAAAGGGCCAGAAUUAGCUAUUUUGACCUUGUCUGCACAAUAACAGCUUCAUUUAUGAUUUGAAUUUAAUCAAACUUGCACACAACUUGUGUCACCAUAAGAUCUCGGUUCCUUUCUUGAACCGGCCAGAUCCCAUAAUGGGUUCCAGAGUUAUGGCCCCUGAAAGGGCCAAAAUUAGCUAUUUUGACCUUGUCUGCACAAUAGCACCUUCAUUUAUGAUUUGAUUUUAACCAAACUUGCACACAACUUGUAUCACCACAAGAUCUUGGUUCCUUUAUUCAACUGGCCAGAUUCCAUCAUGGGUUCCAGAGUUAUGGCCCCUUGAAGGUCCAAAAUUGGCUAUUUUGGCUUUUGCAGCCAUAUAGAGACUUCAUUUAUGGUUUUAUUUGAUACAAACUUCCAAAAUACCUUCAACAACAAGAAAUCUUGGAUUCCACGACAAAUCAGAUCCAAUCAUAGGUUCCAGAGUUAUUUUAUAUCUGAUUACCUCCCCUGAUUGUAAUCAAAAUGGAUUUAUAUCAGUAAGUACUUACAGGACUUAUUUGAAAUUUCAUUAUUGUUAUUAGUUGGACUGAGACAAUCAGGGUAGAUAACUAUGGACUGAUUUUAUGUCAAAUUACCUCCCUUUAUUUCAAAUUAAAAUUGUUAUAUCUCCAUAACUAAUGAAGAUACUGAUCUGAAAUUUCAUUUAUGUCAACAGAUUUAUUUGGCAGAUCCUUCUUUUGUCCACUUACAAUAUUUUUUUUUUAAUUACUUCCCUUUUACGUUACUAUAAAUAGCUUAUUUUUAGUAACUUUUUUAUUAUUGGCUGUAGGGAAAAACCGAGACCACUUUUCUGUGGUACAACAUGGAUGGUACCUCCAAUUUUUAGGUGUAUUUUAACAUAUCUAUACCUUGUAAGAUUUUUUUUUCUUUCUGGUUAAAUUUCUUCCCUUUGUUGUUCCUGUCCUUUGGACUUAGAUAUUUUUUCUGAGGACCUUCUAGUCCUCAAGUGCAAUGAUAACAGGUGAGCGAUAUAGGGCCAUCAUGGCCCUCUUGUUUUUUUUUUUUUUUUUUUUUAAGAUUAACUUCCUUUAGUUGUUACUAUAAAUAACUUAUAUUGUAACUUUUUUAUAAUUGACCGUAGGGAAAAACCAAGACCACUUUUCUGUGGUACAACAUAGUUGUUGCUUUCUAAUUUUAGGUGUAUUUUAAGGUAUCUCUAACUGGUAAGGAGUUUUUUUGUGGACUUAAAAAAAACAAAAGAA